AUGUCUUUCCCGGAUAUUGCCAACGGUCACGACAGUCUGCCAGCCACCAAGCGAUCGACCAAUAACGACAGUGCGAUGGACACAAACGCGGAGCACAUGCGACACACGUACUCCUUCGAAACGUUGCAAGAGUCUGCACAAUAUUUGCUGGAUCGCAUUAGAAUCAGGCCGAAGAUAGGAAUUAUAUGCGGCUCCGGAAUGGGAUCAUAUGAGCAAAACGAGUUGUGUCCAGGUUCAAUCGCGGAAUCCCUUGCGGACAAGCAAUGCUUCCCAUACGAGGAAAUUCCACAUUUCCCGGUAUCCACGGUAAAAGGUCACACUGGUCAAAUGGUCUUCGGCUAUCUUCAGGACGUACCGGUCAUGUGUAUGCAGGGCAGAUUUCAUUAUUACGAGGGAUACCCGCUGUGGAAGUGCGCCAUGCCGGUGCGGGUGAUGAAGCUGGUAGGUGUGACACAUCUAAUUGCCACGAACGCGGCCGGUGGUCUAAAUCCCACUUACAAAGUCGGCGACAUCAUGAUAAUGAAGGAUCACGUGAACAUGAUGGGUUUUGCUGGGAACAACCCGCUUCAAGGACCGAACGAUGACAGAUUUGGUCCUCGAUUUCCACCGAUGAACAAAGCUUACAACGUCACACUCAUGGAUAUUGGCAAACAAGUCGCUGGAGAAAUGGGUAUCAGUAACAUUGUGCAUAGAGGGGUUUACACGUGUUUGGGUGGACCUAAUUUCGAGACGGUAGCCGAACUGAAAAUGCUGAGGAUGGUGGGCGUCGAUGCAGUCGGUAUGUCUACGGUUCAUGAAGUGAUCACUGCACGACACUGCGAUCUGACCGUGUUCGCGUUCAGUCUCAUCACCAACCAGUGCGUCACCGACUAUGAGGAUCACUGUGAGGCUAACCACGAGGAAGUAAUGGACGUCGGCAAAGCACGACAGCCGAUUCUUCAGCAAUUCGUGUCCAGGAUCGUGUUACAUCUCAAGGACAUUCUGGGACCAGAGAAGAAAUGAUUGAUCGAAUUGCGAGCUUUCGUGACCAACAGGACAGUUCGUUUUUCCUACGAGGAACUCUUGUUUCGUCCUCGUAACCAGAUAAAGCUUCCGGGAGCUUUAUCCUUUCAGAGAUGGAAAAUCGAUAGUGCAAAAGUAAUGAUUAUUUGAUGAUAGUCGAAAGAAACGUUUCAGUAUCGUUAUUUCUAACUGUACGGUUGUUUCUUCUAUCACUCUUAAGUCGACUUUUAUUUAAUGAAAACACCGAAGUGUAGACAUAACGCACGCAACUACGAAAGGCAGAAAUAUAAUUUCGAUGUAAAUAAUAUGUUCAUAAAAAUAACAUAUAGAUCACGCGCGUAAGUGCAAUCUGUCGAAGAAAGAGGGUUUCAUAUAAAUUAGAAUAAAAUUAUUAUUCUAGCUGUUUCUUUGAUUUUGAUAAAUGUGACGAAUCGUAAUAUCUCUUUUAAUAAUAAAUCGAUAUUUUAUGAUUUUAGUUAUUAACGAUUGUCGAAGGCAUUAUUAUUAUUAUGAUGGUUUUUAAUCGACAGUAUUGGAGGACCUAAUUCUCACUUGUUAUUCGUAAAAGAUGUGCAUAUAUAUUUUAAGAAAUAUAAAAUACGUAGCUCUCCGCGGCGUAGAGUAAUCGACAAGUUAGUCCUCGAGUCCUCGUUAUCCUAUCGCAGUGUCUUGCCUAUUUAACCAGCGCCCGGUUCUACUUAUCUGAAUUCGUGCUCGAUUCGGAUUGAUUCGUUACACGUCUUGAGGGGUCUCGACGGAGGAGAUGAGAAUAGGAGGAUAGAUGAAGGAAGAGGGCUUAAAGACGGAGGGUUAAUCGGCGUUUAUCCUUGAUUUUCCAUCCUUCGUUUCGUUACCCUCAUCUCGUUUCCGCAUUCUUCCAUCGCUAACGCAGCCCCGAUAAAUCUUGAAGCUUAAAGGCCAUACAGCGCGGGAAUUAAAUUAUGAUUGAACAAGCGGAAAAAUUGUGCGGACAAUGGCGAAAUGCGCUCGAUCGCCGGAAAUAUCUUUUCGUUGGGUCAUUAGUGGUGCGGAUCGUGAAAUUUUUACGCCUUUAAAUAAGUGCAGUAUUUUAAAAGGGCACAUGCGUUACCACGUCACUCGAGCCAUUGUUUUUCGACAAAUAUCGAAAACAUUUGAUAGCUUCGUUAAUUCAUUUGAUCAAUUAAUUCCUCGCUAUUUAUAUAAGGUUGCUGUUUAGCAAUUGUUAUCUACGUAACGAACGUUCACUUGACACUCUGUUCGAUGUAACUUGUUUGGAAUUUAAUGACAGCCGAAUAAACUAGAAACAUUAGGUCAGUAUCUUAAAACGUUGGUUUUUAUUUCUUGAACGUUUUCAUUUGAUAUUCUAGAAAUAUUUCAAAAACAUUACAAGUAAUAUGAACCUCUCGAAUGUUGGAAAAAUAUUUCAGAAAUAUUGAAGUUAUUCAUAAUGAUAUGUUAAAAAUUGUACGUUAAAAAACGUAAUAAGCUAUUAAAUUUUACUUGUAGUAACGUUGUGCGAACGAUGUUUUGCUCACUAGGGGACUAUGAUUCGUAUUAUUAUUGUUUUUUAUCUUUUUGACUAUUUUAAAUGUUAUAUUAAUUGACUGCAAAUUUAAAUUAAAACUUUUUAAAAAUAUAACAUUAUUUCAAAGUGUCUAUAUUAGAUGUCGUUCACUCGCAAAUGAUGCACAUUUAACAGACACAUCUCAUAAGAUUAAUUAAUUUAAUUCAUGUUAUACUAAUUUUGCUGAUGUAAUCGCUGCAUAUUAUAACAUUUCUGUGAUUAAUAAAGAUUUCAUGUAUCAACAA